AUGAUCGCCGCCGCCGUCACCGAGGCAGGUCCCAGUGCCCCAAGCGGGCCGUAUAUCCCCCGCGCACCACUCGUUAGCCAGGUUGACGCUGGGGAGCUAGACGAUGGUAUUGCCCAGCUGCUCGGCGACGGCGUCUCGCGCGCCUUCGCUCGCUUCCAUCCAUCAAUAGGACCCGACGCCAAGCCCGAGAUCGAGCUGGUCCUCAAACUGGCUGUCUUUGCAGCCGGCGUGCUCGGGCCCGCUACCGCCAGCCCAGGCCUCGCGCUCUCCAACCUCCGCUUAGCGAGCGGCCGCACGAGGCCAACACGCAACAAACUCCUGCUCUACAUCCUUCUCCACCCGCCCCUCCUUCCUCGCUAUCUACUGACGCGCGCGCGUGUGACUGCGCUCUCGCGCCAGUGGCCAGACUUGCCGUCGCACGAUAUCCGGCGUAAACUGUGGCGCCUGCUCACCCGCAUCGAGGCGCUCGCGCAGGCAUGGGAGCUCGCUGGAUGGGGUUGGUUUCUCUUGGAUGGGCGCUACCCAUCCCUCCUGAUGCGGAUCCUCAAGAUUCGCCUCGUGCCCGACGCGCCACACCUCGCGCGCAUGGUGUCGUACGAGUUUAUGAACCGCCAACUCGUCUGGGGCGUCAUGACGGAAUUCCUCAUGUUUGCGCUCCCUCGCAUUCCUAGCCUGCCAUAUGCGUUGAACCCCAACACCCUGCUUGGGCCAGUCAAGACGUUCCUGAAUCAGCCGACAACCAUCGACUACGACGCUCUCUCGGCGGCGCAAGGGAGCAUCUCGGCGGCAAAGGCAGCAGGCAUCGCUGCUCCGAGUGCUGCGCACGCGGGUGUGUGUGCUGGCAUCCCACUGCAGACCUGUCCCGUUUGCUACUUGAGGCGCACUAGUGCGCCAGUGGCUCUGAGCGGGACAGACAUUGAGCUUCCGGCGCUUGAGGACACCGACCCCGAGGCCGACCCUGAGGAUCGUAUUUUCCUCCCAGCACAGACGGACUGCUGGGGCGGGUGCAGUUACUGUUACUACUGCGUGGCAGAUGAGCUCGCACAGUUCGCGCAGGACCACCCCGAGAAGGGCGCCAAGUGGCAAUGUCUCCGGUGUGGGGGAAGUGUAACCAAGGCGAAGCGCGUCGGCGCCGAGCCUGGCGCCCUGAAGCAGCCUGAGGAGAGCGACGAGAGCACCGACGAGGAGAAGAAGACGGCAGAGGAUAACGAGGCCAGAACGCUUGGGUCGGAGCCUGGGCCGGAGGACUCGUGGUUUGCAGUGUGA